AUGGAGAUUUCUCAGAAGAGGUACAUUGAAAAUGUUCUUAAGAGAUUCAAUAUGCAUAUGAGAUAUCUCAAAGGAGCUUUUGAUAUUGGCCUAAUCGUUCAAAAAAAUGAAGGUAUUUCAGUUUUCGGUUAUGUAGAUUCUGACUAUGCAGGGGAUCUUGGUAGAAGGAGGUCCACAACCAAAUACAUCUUUACUCUUGUUGGUAGUGCCAUUAGUUGGAAAUCGACUCUAGAGUUGAUUUUCACUUUGUCUACAACAGAGGGAAAAUAUAUGACAGUAACAGAGGCAGUGAAAGAAGUUAUCUGGUUGAAAGAUUUGGCGACAGAAUUGAGUUUGGUUCAGCUAGAAUCAACUCUAAGAUGUGAGUCAAAGUGCUAUUCAUCUGAUUGA